ACACGCUACCAAAGAAAUCUGACAACCCACCAAUCUACCAAUAGCAAUGAUUACUUACCUGUUGGGUAGUUAGCUAGCUAGCUAGCUAGCCAGCCGGUCAGCAGAGUUUUUCCAUCUACUCUGGAUCAUUUAGAUAGCUAGGCUGUGCACAUACUCGUUUGUUCACCUCAUAUCGGAAAACAAGUUUGCAUUCUUAUUCUGCUAGGACAAUCAUCCAGAGAGACGGGGGAAAUGGCAACUGAUCCAACAUCGAACGGUAGUUCGAAUGCUGCUUCGAAUGGUCUUGAUUUAGGUUGGACUGACUCGCAGCUUCGAAAGUACCCUUUUCAAAUAAGGCAAAUCCCACGUCUGUCUCACACGGACCCCCAUGCAGAGAUCCUAAUUAAUAAAGAGGAACCUGUUGUAUUAACGGAUACCAAUUUGGUAUACCCAGCACUCAAGUGGGACAAAAAUUACUUGCAAGAGAACAUAGGGAAUGGGGACUUUUCAGUGUACAUUUCUGAAAACCACAAAUUCUUGUAUUACGAUGAGAAGAAACUGUCAAACUUUGAGAACUUUGUACCAAAGUCACGCAGAUUAGAGAUGAAGUUUUCGGACUUUGUAGACAGGAUGCACCAAGCUGAAGAAUUGGGUGGAAGAGAAAGAGUGUAUUUGCAGCAAACCCUCAAUGACACAGUUGGGCGAAAAAUUGUUGUGGAUUUCCUGGGAUUCAACUGGAACUGGAUUAAUAAACAACAAACCAAACAAAACUGGGGACAGCUUACAUCUAACCUGCUACUCAUAGGCAUGGAAGGUAAUGUAACACCUGCACAUUAUGAUGAGCAGCAGAAUUUCUUUGCACAGAUCAAAGGUUACAAGAGGUGUAUCCUCUUUCCUCCGGAGCAGUUUGAGUGCCUCUACCCCUACCCUGUUCAUCAUCCAUGUGACCGGCAGAGCCAGGUAGAUUUUGAAAAUCCUGAUUAUGAGAGGUUUCCGAAAUUUAAAAACGUUGUGGGUUAUGAAGCUGUUGUUGGACCAGGUGAUGUGCUGUACAUCCCAAUGUACUGGUGGCAUCACAUCGAGUCCCUGCUAAAUGGAGGUGUAACCAUCACAGUCAACUUCUGGUACAAGGGGGCGCCCACUCCGAAGAGGAUAGAAUACCCACUGAAAGCUCAUCAGAAGGUGGCCAUUAUGAGAAACAUUGAAAAGAUGUUGGGAGAGGCCUUGGGGGAUCCACAUGAGGUUGGUCCAUUGCUGAACAUGAUGAUCAAGGGACGUUUCGACCAAGAUCUGAGUUAAUUGGGUAUCACCUUAUUUUCCUGUAUUAUGCUGUAGGGUGUGGGGAUGGGGGCUGUAUAUAUUAGUGUAUUGGUGUGAAUGUGUCCUCUAAACAUUCACAAGGUUUAAACUGACAUGGCAGUAUUUUUGCCUGUAUUUAGGUCUGUUUUGAUUGCCUCAAACAGUUGUCUUGUUAGUCCUGUAUCUCUUCAAGGAAGGUACCACUAGAGAGGACACGUUUCAUCCAUCUUUUGAGACCUCAUAAGUAUAAUGUGAUUCAUACUGCUGAGUGAUGUGUUGCAAUAGAGGGGAAAAACACCUUUCAGAAGACAGAUACAUCCACCCUAGCACCUAAGGUUCACAGUUUCUUCCAUUAUAUAGGACAGCUAAGGUGCCAUAAGGAAGCAACAUUAAAUUACUAGUUACGAGUCAAAACCUAUUGGCCAUUAUGACAGUACUACUUGUAAGCUUAACUUGAAAGACUUCUAUUACUAUUUAAUUUUUACUGUAUACAGUAAUUUGUGCAGAAAAGAGACAUUGUAAUGAGGACUAGUUAUGAAAUUGUUGCUGAUACCCUUUUACUUCCCUGAGUUGUUUUUGUCAGAAUAAUUAAUAAGCAGAGUGGACAGAAGGAUAGGUUUAUGAAACACUGAAGGAAUGUUUGGCCCAGUUCCUGCUUGAAUUGUUGAAUGAUGUUUGUUUGAUUAUGCUAAACAUUUCUAAAUGUAUAUUUUAUUACCUGUUGUGUACAGGCAUAUUUUUGUUUUCUUUUUGCUUCACUUAUAUAUUUCUUUAAAUGUAACCUUGUAACAUGGUACUAUUUUCAGGACUGUAAUGGUAAGUUAGGAAAACAUUAAUGUAUUUACAAGGCAUUAACAUUAAUGAUUUUUUUGUCUGAAUUCAAUAAAUUCUAUUGAAUGGGUAGAAACUAAUCUGUCCCUUGCAGGAUACGUGUGUAUAUCAUUUAAUAAUGUUCAUGAAUUUUUAAACUAACAUUUAAGAUUUUGUUUUCUGAGCUUGUGUUGUUUUUUUUGUAUAAUACAUUCUAAAAUUGAAUGAACAAAAGCAAUGUUUAAUCAUCUUUUUGACCAUUGCCACAAUUUUACCCAACAGUAAUUAACCAAAUUAUUUAUCCAUUGCCUGUUUUGUAUUUGCUUGUCCCUGUAGUGAACACAUACCAUUCCAUCUCAGGAUUUGUUUACAUAGUCUGUUCUUCAUUUAAAAAUAUCUUAAACUUGAAAAAGGCAGGCUGAGCAAUGAUCAAUGGUUCCCAUAAUUAUUUUAAAAUUAUUUGUCUUUUGUCAUAAUUCUUAAUGAUGCUUUGAAAGAUUUGACAUUUAAGCACUGGAAAUAAAAAGGGUUAUCCAAAAAAAAAAACCCAAAAAACCUCCCACUCCAAAUAAAUAAGUAGAUAAUUAAAUACUUGCAUAUCUGAUAUGUAUAUGGAGUUACAAUCUAAAUUUAAUUUAGUUGAAUUUUUUAUUGAUAUAAAAUUAAGAUUUGUUUUACUACGACUUGAAAGAGAGAUUGUGGAUAUAAAACCAAGCCCUUUACAAUCAGGGGCAAAAAUACUUGUCAUUGUAAAAGCAUUUCUGACUGCUUCUGAUUACUUAUCGAGGGAUAACUUAAAAAAAAAAAAAAAAAAAAAAAGACUAUGCUGAUGUUGAUACUUUUUUUUUUUUUUAAUUGUAAAGACCCAGAGUAAACAAAAAUAAAAAAUAUACAUAUCACUUGGUGUGUAUGAAAUGUAAGGAAGUAAUUUAACAUGGCUUGACUGUAAAUAAUAAUAAUAAAAAAAUGCUUAGAACAUGAGAACCUGCCAUUUCCUAGUCCAGAGCAUUAAGUGAAUCUUUGUUGUGUACAUUUUUUUUUGUUUGUUUCUGAUUUUUAUUUAUUGAGCAGCAUUUACUUCCUUGUACUUGUAAACUCACUUCUAGCUUUUAUAAGUUGUUAGCUAAUAUCAGCUCCAAAGUGUGUUGAAGAUUAGAAAUUGCAAAUUUGUUAGCAGGGCUUGGGAAUUUGUAUGAAACAUCGCCAGGAUGUCAGCUAUUGUGUCUUUGGCAGCCCUUGAAAGACCCUUUCUUGGUUGUUGAUUAAAUACAUCAACUACUAGAACAACACAACUGUAAUGUACUUAAGCCUUUAUGUAUAUUAGUUAACGUUUAUCAUGAUCCCAAUAAGUUUUUUUUGUGGCUUGUUUUUAAAAAUGGCUUCUUUUCUUGAAUAACUUGCUCUUCUGUGUUUAACUGAGUUGGAUGGCUCCUGAGAGUUUGAACCAGUUGUGCAUGUAGUUCAUAAAUAAAAGACAAUGUAUUCUGCUA